ACUGCAGCGUGCUUCCAUAGCAAUCCUUAGGUCUCUGGUUCGAAUCCGUCAGGUCGGAAAAUUUCUUUUAUUUUCUAAUUUCUAAUGAAUCUCUUUGUCGUUGCUUUUUUUUCCCCUUCCCUUUCCCCCUUCCCCUCUCUGGUUUUUCCUGCAAAUUGAAUCCAAAAUUCUAAACCCUUGUCUGUCGUUCCUUAAACCCUUCACUCCAACAUCAGAAACUAAAGAAUACACAAAUGUCAAUUUGGCGUCUCCUUUGGACCAAAUCUACCACCACCGCCAUUUCUUCCAUUUCCAAAACCUCAACUUCCCCAAACUCCACUUUCUCUCAAUUCAGACAACUUUCCACCUCUUUCCUCGUCACUAAAAUCCCCAAAAAAUUCCGAAAGAAACGCAAGAAAAAGGACUUCCCACGUACCAAACUGGUCCAAACUCAACCAAACAUCAUCCCCUACUUCGAAAACAUCCUCGUACGCGAUACCCAUUUCAGAUUCCUCACUAAAACCAAAGAAUUCCUGUCCAAACAACCCCAUCAUGUCCUUCGCCUUGACGAUGCUGGAAAACUUCACCAGCAGCUGGGGUUCCCACGUGGCCGCAAGAUUGUCCGUUCCCUCCAACGCCACCCUUCAAUCUUCGAAAUUUAUCGACAUACUGAUGGUAAGAUGUGGUUUGGUUUCACUGAUUUUAUGGAACAAUUGUUGGAAGAAGAAUCUUGUGUAAUGAAUCAAAUGGAAAAUGAUAGAGUUAAUGUUGUUAGGAAAUUGUUAAUGAUGUCGAAAGACAAGAGGAUUCCCUUGAGUAAAAUUUAUCAUAAUAGGCUUUUAUUUGGUAUACCUGAAGAUCUUAGGGAUAGGAUAGGGAAGUACGAGGAUUAUUUUAAGGUUUUUGUUGAGGAAGAUGGGAGAAGGGUAGUUGAGCUUGUGAAUUGGGAUCCUACAUUGGCGGUGAGCGCGUUGGAGAAGGAGUAUAUGGUUGACGAGGAUAAGGUGAAGAGGGCGUUUAAGUUUCCAAUUAAACAUGGCAAGGCAUUGGAUUUGGAUGAAGGCGAUGAGAGGAAGUUGAACUUGUUGUAUACGUUGCCUUUGGUUUCGCCUUAUUCUAAUGGAAGCAAGUUGGAUUUGUGGACUGUGGAGGCUGAGAAGUUUAGGGUUGGAUUGAUUCAUGAGUUCUUGAGCUUGACGUUGGAGAAGAGAGCCUAUAUACAUAAUCUUGUGGAGUUCAAGGAUGAGUUUUGUCUUACAAAGCAUACUUAUCAGAUGCUCUUGAAACAGCCGCGGACGUUUUACUUGGCUGGUACGGAAAUGAAUUGGUGUGUCUUUCUAAAGGAUGGGUAUGGGGAAGAUGGGGUUUUGCUAAAUAAGGAUCCUCAGGUGCUGUUCAAUGAGAAACUGUAUGGAUAUGCUGGCAUGAAAGUGUUGGAGCCAACCAGUCUUGUCAAUGAGACAUGAAAUGUUUCUUUAGCUAUGUUCUUGUGUAACUUGUUGUGAUGACAGAGCUUCAUUGAGCAGAAUUUGCACCAAGAAUACCGAAAAACUUCCAACUUGUGGUAGAAUAAUGCACCAGAUUAUACAUCAAAACAACAUUAUACUAGAGGUAUCGGAGUUGUUUCGAACAUUUAUUUACAAUUUUUCCUGCUGCCUAUGGUCUUUCAGCUGUAAUCAUGUCCAUAUUCACAAUGUAGAACACUAUUGCGCUAACAAUGUGGAAAACUUACUUAUCAUAAAAAGAAAAACAUUGUAAAAAGCUAUGGCAUUUCAUUGUCUAAGGUAAUAUUCAGUAUUCUACUAUUAUUUGAGAAAUUUGGAUGACUGAGGUUAGUUUGGUUUAACCAUGACUCCAUGAGUAAAUUCUCUUUCUGAUCUCUCUAUCCGCAUGAAAGUUACAAUCU